AUGCAGCUUAUCCCAGUAUCUGGCUUCUGUGAAGAUGCUUUAUCCCAGUUAGAGAAAAAUUUGACAGCAACUACAGCUUCACAUAACUAUGAGCAGAUGAUGCCAGCUGCUGAUGCCUCAGGUGUUUUGUGCUGUGUUCUAAACAGCUGGGACUUUUGUUGCAGCAGGCAGCAAUUGCAAUUGCACAGAGACUUCGUACCGCGAGCGUUUUCUUGCAAGUAUCCUAACCAAGUUUCAUUUGAUUUGGUAGAAAAGUACCCAGAGGAUUGA